AUGUCUCGCAGGGAGUCGCCACCUCCACCUCCGCAGAUGCUGGGAGUGCGAAGAGGAGACGUGGAGUGUGACGAUCGUCCGGAGCGUUCAGAGCCGCUCACCGACGCUGAAAGGGAGAUCAUCCAGGACACGUGGGGGAUCGUCUACAAGAACUGUGAGGACGUGGGGGUGUCUGUGCUCAUAAGGUUCUUUGUAAACUUCCCAUCAGCCAAACAAUACUUCAGCCAGUUUCAGGACAUGGAUGAUCCAGAGGAGAUGGAGCGAAGCAGCCAACUUCGACAUCAUGCCCGCAGGGUGAUGAAUGCUAUCAAUACUGUGGUGGAGAACCUUCAUGAUCCAGAGAAAGUGUCCUCAGUACUGGCCUUGGUCGGAAAGGCCCAUGCCAUCAAACACAAGGUGGAGCCCAUGUACUUCAAGAUCUUGAGCGGUGUGAUGCUGGAGGUGUUGUCUGAAGAUUUCCCCGAGUACUUCUCCGCAGAGGUGCAGAUGGUGUGGACCAAACUGAUGGGAGCAGUGUACUGGCACGUGACAGGGGCCUACACAGAUGUGGGCUGGCUCCAGGUCUCCAGCUCAGCAGUGUGA